GUUUCCCAGGUCUCCAGGGCCCCGCUGGUCUCCCCGGUGCCCCAGGCAUCUCCUUGCCCUCACUCAUAGCAGGACAGCCUGGUGACCCCGGGCGACCAGGCCUAGAUGGAGAACGAGGCCGCCCAGGCCCCCCUGGACCCCCAGGUCCCACUGGGCCAUCUUCGAAUCAAGGCAACACCGGAGACCCUGGCUUCCCUGGAAUUCCUGGACCUAAAGGGCCUAAGGGAGACCAAGGAAUUCCAGGUUUUUCUGGCCUUCCUGGAGAGCUAGGACUGAAAGGCAUGAGAGGUGAGCCUGGCUUCAUGGGGACUCCAGGCAAGGUUGGGCCACCUGGAGACCCAGGAUUUCCCGGGAUGAAGGGGAAGGCAGGGCCAAGAG